AAGUGUCACCAUAGCAACUCCAGUAACAAACAAUGGUGCCCAAAAGGGCUCCUCACAAAGCCGGCCCUCCUGGCUCAGAGCCCUGAAGAAUGGCCGGUAACCCACCAGGGUCACUCCGAGGGCCGAGUGAUCCAUGUCGCAGAGAACCUCUCCUGCAGAUGGUCCGUGCCAAUGAACACCUUCCCCAGUACCAGACGUGGGCUCAGCGCCAGUUCCUCCUUCCCAGGGGGACCUGGGAGCCGCCCGGCUUCACCCGGCGAGCCUACCACCAGCUGGCGCUGCGGCGGCCGCCCUGCACGGAAAUCAAGUCCACCGUGCGCCAGCGGCUGCUCCGCCCCUGGCAGGGCGCCGCCGAGCACACCUGGGGCUUCCACACGUGGCUGGACGUGGGCCGGCUGCCGGCCACCUUCCCCAGGCGGCCCGACAGGCCCUACGACAGCAACGUCUGGCGCGGGCUCACGCACGCCCGCGCUGCCCGCCUUCAGCCGGCGCAGCCCCCGGUGCCGCCGCCCUCCUGGCUGGGGCCCAACAACUUCCUGGCCUUCAUCGGCUGCACGCCCAUCUUCCUGGACGGGAACAGGAAGAACCAGGUGAUCCUGAGGACGGUGAAGGAGCUGAAGGAAGCGGAGAAUCUCCGGCUGAGGAGCGAGAUGCGAGCGCCUCUGCUCGACGCCCGUGGCAACGCCCUGCCCCCUGCCCGCCCCAGGAACCUCUGCCAGCAAGAUGUGUACCCGAAGACGUUCCAACUGCCCCCAGCGAGGUGCCAACACUCAGCCGUGGGGAAUCGGGUGGACAGCGGAGGGCUGCGAGCUGAGGAGGGCAGCAGUGGCCACCGAUCCAGCCUCUCCUUUUCUCACAAUUCCUGUAGAUGUGGAGAGCCCCGCGUCCCGGCUGGGACUACAGACCCUGCUUCGCCUCCUGCUAAGGUGUCUGUGUGGGCCGAGGCAGAAAGCACAGCGGGGACGCACAAGCCCCGAGGACAGGGACCUGGAGACGCGACAUUUCUGUUGCUCGAGACAGGGUCUUUCCGGGCGGUUCAGGCGGGCCUGGAGCUUCUUUCGGUUUCUCAGUUCUGACCCUUGGAAACCCAGAGAGCUGGGUCCCUCCCCGACGGGCCCGCUCCUCUCAGCGCACACUUCCUCCGCUUCUCAAGCAGCUGCAGGAGUUUCCCCUGCCAGGCCCAGGACUCCGGGUUCUGCUUCCCUGUUCUCCCUCACCCCCUCCCCAGGAAGAGCAAAGCCCGGUCAGGGCUGGGGAAAAGGGCUAGAACGGAACAGACCUCAGGCUUGGCUCCGGCCAGCAGAGUCAAAGCCCGCAGGCAAACUGCUAGCACCACCUGCGCCCGCGGCACCCCACCACUUACCUGCCCCUCCCCAUCUGUCACUUCUCCGGGGCCCAGCGUCUGCCACAACCAGACCGCCAAGCCUCCGCAGCCUGGGGCACCGGCCAUUUUGGCACCUGUCCUCCCUUGUAAUUCUGUACACAUUCUCUCCCAGCCAAGUAAGGAAGGCCAUGGCAGGACAGUAAUUCAUACAACAGGAAAGUUAUGAGGGAAAGUCUGGUUCCUAAGGCUGAGAGCUUUUAUUAGCUAUCUUUUCUGGGUCACAGACCUCUAAGUUUUGUUUUUUCUUCCGGUACCAGGAAUCGAACUCAUGACCUCGUGCUUGCCAGGCAGGUGCU